ACCUUCCACAUUACCUUCUUCUUUCUACCUCCAACCUCCCCACCAACUCCGACCACCACCACCACCUUCGGCCACCAUGAGAUUCCGGCCACCACCAAAUUCAAGCCACAUUCGGAUGUCAAUUCGGCCACCGCAUCAAGGCUAACGUCGCCGACGAGAAAAUGCGUCCCGAUUAUUUUUAUGUCUGAGUCUAUCGGAGGAAUCUUGACGAGAUCACAACAGAGGCUGACCGUCUUCGUCUUAAACAAUUGUUCUUUUUCUCUCGACUCUUUCAGUCCAUUCUUCUUCUUCCUCUCCAAAAACCUGAAGAAUUACCCUCUCUGAAAACGGCGAAAGUAUAAUUCUACAGGAACUUUUCUUUGAACAACCAUGAAACGGCGAUAUGACCAUGAUGACCCUGAGAUGCCGAUUGAUAUUAUCGAGGAUGAAGAAAUUGGGGAAUGUUCCGCCAUAGUCAAAAAAGGAAAGCAAGAAACCAAGAAAAUUUUAGUGAAGGUGGUGAAAAAGUCGAAUUCGAUAGACGAGGAAGAAGAAUCAGUUACCUUCCAGAUUGAGACUGACAUUCCGCUUCGGUGGGUAAUGAUCGGGUUUUGUCAGAAAUUGGGUUUGGAUUUUCAAACCACCCGAUUUGAAUUUAACAGUGCCAAGUUAAGGCAAAUGGAUACUCCCCAUCAACUUGGCAUGGUUCAUGAUGACGUCAUUUUUGCCUUUAUUCCAGGUGGUUCUGGGUAUAGUGAUGUGGAUUAUGCAACUGUAUGCAUCCGCAUGCAUAAGGAGACAAACAUGUUUCUUAAUGUGAGGCGCUCUACAGCUAUACUGCCUCAGCUUAGGCAGGAGUAUUUUCCCCAAGAACAACAAGGCCCUCUAAGCUUUGUUUACGCUGGAUUAAAGUUAACUGAGAAUCAUACAGCUAAGGAACUCAACAUGGAAAAUGGUGACGUCAUUGAUGGCUUUAAUUUUAACACAAUGAGUUCUUCUUUGGGGAUAAUUCUAACUCUGAAAGUGAAAUGUAGAUCGGGCUAUGAGACGAUGUUCAGAGUCACUAAAAGUACUCGUUUGGAUCAGAUAAUGGAUAGAUUAGUGCCGCUGCAUCCAAUGUCGACGCAAGUUAAAGACAUUCGCUUUGAGUUUAAUUUCCGUGGUAAACGACUUGAAGAAACAACUAAAACAGUCGAGGAGGUGCAGCUCAAGGAUGGUGAUGUUAUACUUUGCGUUCCUUAUGUUCUUGCUAACAUUAUCAGAGUGUGUAAGUUUUCAUGAUCUAAUCAUGAAGAACUUCAAAGAAAACUCUAAGCUAAAGCUUUUAGAGAGAGAGAGAGAGAGAGAGAGAGUUGAGAGAAUAAGAACUUCAGUAGAAUUAUUAUUGAAUAAAAUGAGUUAUUACAUCACAGCUAGCUUAAAUACUACAACAUCUAUGAGGUGUUACAACCAUUCAGAAAAAUGCCUUGUUCAUUUUAAUUACGGGAAAGAUUUAAUUGUGGCAACAAACCUAAGCUAUCACCCUUUAUACUCUAUUUGUCUUUACGUGUAUAUGUAAUACGCUUUUCCCAUCCGUUCAAGAACUUUCAGGACUGGCCACUUGACAGAUCACGCUUAUUGGGUUAUAAUCAUUUACCGUAAAAUUGUAAAUGUUAAACUAUAACAUGCAAGAUUAAUUGAUGCUGAUGAUAUACCUUGGUGCAA